AUGGCAACACCGGAGGCUAAACCCACUAUGCUGGGUAAAAAAGCCCUGGGGGCACCUAGUAGCCUCGUCAAGAAGGGAGAAAAGAAGGGAGAAUCUCCUAAAGAUGCUGCACAGGGUCGGAAAAAGUCGGACUUGGUCAACAAUCCUAACCCUCUGCGAAAGGUGACCAAGAGCAUGCCUACGAAGCUGUCCAAACCUCCAAAUUUGAAGAAAUCAAUUUCAGCACAAGACACGACGUCUGCCAAGAAGGCUGAAAAGGGCAACGAAUCCCCAAGCCUAUCAAAGCCAGCAGAAAAGCUCCGAGUUCCACAGGAAUCCGAGCCGGACGGAGGAGUUGAAGUUGAUAACGCGGACAUACCAACCCAGUCUAUCGAGAAUGAUGAAGGCCCUCUCAAUUUGGUCGACAAUACAGCAAUUCCAGAGGGAGACGAAGCGGACGCAAAGGAGGACGAAGGAGACGAAGCAGACGAAGGAGACGAAGCAGACGAAGUAGACGAAGCAGACGAAGGAGACGAAGCAGACGAAGCAGACGAAACAGAGGAAGCAGACGAAGCAGACGAGGAACAGCGUGAAAAUGCCGUAAAAGGACCACCACAGGCUUCAGGAUCGGCAAGAAAAUCAUACUUUCAACGGGGUAAAGACGCUGCAUCUGGUCUAGCAAGCUUUGCGAACAAGGCCAGCAAGUUUCACUCUCAACUUCCUGAUUCGGUUAAAAAAGAGGCUGCAAAUCAAAUGCAGACGGGCAUGCAGCGCGUCACAACCAUGACUAAGCCUGCGGUCGAUGGAACAGGAGGCAAAGUUGAGGAGAUAACGCAGGAAACUUCGUCGAUUCCGACUAAUCUCUCUUCUUUGUCUGGACUUCCAGUUGGUGAAGAUGGGUUGAUCCUAGAUGGCGACGGCAAUCAAAUCGGUCGACUGGCUGAGGGUGACGCAGAAGAUCUUGCUGGUCGCACCGUUGGCGAAGAUGGAGAGAUACUCGAUGAGGAUGGUGAUUUGAUUGGGCGCGUGGAGCUUCUCAGUGGUGAUCUAGCAGAAGAAGCACUUCCCGCCCAAGAUGCCCUGGGCUUGAAAGACCUUGCAAACCUACCUCUUGGGGAAGAUGGGAAAGUCAAAGAUCAGUCUGGUCGUGUAUUGGGAAAGCUCGUCGAAGGUAAUCUUGAAGAUUUGGUCGGUUGGACGGUGGAUGAAAAUGGGGAGAUACUCGAUGAGGAUGGUGAUAUGGUUGGCCGCAUUGAGCUGCUUCCUUCUGAUGAAGUUGGUGGAACUCUUGACCAGCUAGGCGAUUCGCUGCCAGACCCUUCCAUUUUGAAGGACAAAGUCAUCAAUGAAGAAGGAAAGAUCCUGGAUGAAGACGGUAAUGUACUUGGCCAAAUCAAAGAGGAUCAAGAUCUGGAAGCAUUGUCUGGUAAAGUACCGAACGAACAAGGACAAAUCUUGGAUGAUGAUGGAGAGGUCAUAGGAGAAGUUGAGGUGGUCGCUGGCGAGGUUGCUGAUAAGGCAAUGGAAGCGCAACAAGAAGCGGUACGGAAGGCCGAAGAGGAUAUUUCUAUUCUUGAUGGUCUCCAAGUCAACGAAGAAGGACUGAUCACUGACCCCAGUGGCUCCGUAAUCGGUGAGCUGGACAGUGGCGAUCUAUCGGAGGCCGCCCACAUGACCGUGAAUGAAAAAGGCCUGGUGUUGGAUGACGAUGGCAACAUCGUAGGCAAAGCACGGUUAGCUGCCAAAGAAGUUGUCGAAGAGACCGAAAAGUCCGCCGAAGAGACCGCCCAGGGACUGCCACCCCUUUCUACACUGGAAGGUUUGAAGUGCAACAAACUCGGAAAGAUUGUUAAUGAAGAUGGGAUCCCAAUUGGUGAACUUGUCGAAGGCGAUCCCAAAAAGCUCAGUCGAGACGGUGUCGAGCUUGACGGUGAGGGUCAAUUCUGGGACAACAGGGGCAACAUCAUUGGGAAAGCCCAGACUCUUCCCUUGGAGGAUGAAGAAGAGAGGGGGCCAUUUGCGGACCUAGAUGAGCCUUUUGUUGCCGAAGAAGGUUGGGUCCACGAUGCCAAUGGCAACAAAGUUGGACAGAUUGUUGAGGGUGAUAUUGGCAAACUUCUUGGACGAGCCGUCGAUGAUGAUGGCGAUAUCCUAGACAAGCGCGGUAAUCUCCUGGGACGAGCAGAGCCGUGGGAAGAACCCGAGCCCGAGCCCGAGCCUGAGCCCGAGCCUGAGGAAGAAGUCGAUCUCACAGAAUUAGAGGGCCUCACUCCGAAUAAAAUGGGAAACGUGAUGGGCCCAGACGGAGUCCCUAUCGCUCAAGUCAGCGAAGGAAACCCCAAACUACUGGCUGGCAAAAAGAUCGACCCUCAAGGCUGUAUAUGGGGUGAUGGUGGCGAGGUCAUCGGAAAAGUCACUAUGAUCCCUAAAGAAGAACGGGAAGCCAUCACACUCUUUGGAGAUAUGGGAGAUUUAGUGGUUCGGGAGACUGGGUUCGUGGAGGAUGAAACUGGUGAUAUUGUCGGCAAGAUCAUCGAAGGCGACCCUCAAAAAUUGAAAGGCCUCCUUGUGGAUGAAGACGGAGACAUUCUUGACAAGCGAGGAAACGUGAAGGGAAGGGCUGAGCCGUAUACUCCACCGGAUGAGGAAGAGGAGGAAGAAGAGGAGGAAGAUCUAUCCGCUCUGGAAGGAAUGAAGGUCAACAAGCUAGGAAACGUCGUGGAUGAAAAUGGGGCUGUGUGGGGUCGCCUUAUCUCUGGGAACCCCAAGAAGCUAGCCGGCAAGCAAAUCGAUGCAAAAGGUCAAAUCUGGAGCGACGACGGAAAUGUUCUCGGCACCGUGGAAUUGAUCCCUUCAUCUGAGCGCGAGAAGGGGGAGGGCAUUUUCUAUGGGCUCGAAGGCCUAGUGGUCACCAAAGACGGAACCAUCACAGACCUCAACGGCCAAAUCGUCGGAAGGCUUGUUGAAGGAGAUCCGCCCCGACUGAAUGGUCGUGCCGUGGAUGAGGACGGAGAAAUCAUCGACAAAGUAGGAAACGUCAUUGGCCGUGCAGAGCGUUGGACCCCAGAGGAAAAGCCUCGCAAUGUCAACCCAAUGAGUGGUCGAAAAGUCAACCGUGAGGGCGAAGUGCGUGAUGAAGAUGGGAAUCUCAUCGGUAAACUCACCGAGGGCAAUCUCAAGUCUCUAGCCGGCAAAACAAUUGACGACAACGGCUACAUCGUUGAUAACGAUGGCAAUAAGAUCGGCGAGUGCACAUUGCUAGAGCAUUUUCCUGACACCGAGCCUGAGCCUGAGCCUGUGGAAGAGGAGCCCGAGCUCUCACCUGAGGAGCUUAAGCAGAAGGAAAAGGAGGAACACGACCGGGAACUGGCGAAGAAGAUGUGUUCAAUUAUACAGCAGACGAUUGACUCUGUUGAACCUCUUUGCAAACAGAUUACCGAGCAUAUUGAGAGAGCCGAUCGCACACCCCGAGACGAGCUCGAUGAAGAACAGUUAGUAAAGAACGUGAAGCCUAUCAUCGAAGAAGCUGGCAACAUACUGCAAGAGUGUAAAGGGUCCCUUCGUGCCUUGGACCCCGAUGGCCAAAUUGCAGCGUCUGCCAAAGCCAGAAGUUUAGCGCACGAAGCAACACCGGAAGAAUAUCAGCUAGCCGAUCUUCUAAAGCAACUUUCGCAAACAAUCUCGACGACAAUUGAGAACGGCCGUCGGCGAAUAUCAGAUAUGCCUCAUGCGAAGAAGAAGAUUAAUCCACUGUGGUCGUUGCUUUCUGAGCCCCUUUUCCAGAUUAUUGCAGCCGUUGGUUUACUCCUGAGUGGAGUUUUGGGGCUGCUCGGUAAUCUCCUGAAUGGCCUUGGUCUUGGAGGCAUCGUGAAGGGCCUUCUUGGUGGCCUGGGAAUUGAUAAAUUGGUCGGUGGCCUUGGUCUGGGCAAUAUCGGCGAGAAGCUGGGUGGAUCAGGUUGA